AAAACAAAAAUUGUAAACUGCUUACACAGUCAAUCAGCAUCGUGAUUAAUUCCAUGGAUAAGAAUUGAGGAGGCCGAGGAGGAUAGCUAUAGACAGCUACAAAGGAGUGAAAAUGGCGUGGGCAGUGGAAGGAGCGACUACAAAAAUCUCGAUCACGUCCCGCUGGCGCUGACUUGACGCAGUGAACUCUUCAAACGCUCAUUUCUAGAAUUGUUGCAUUCAAUUUGUUGCAAUUAAUUUCUGAAUGGACGAAAUGAAGCACUAAUGCUGAGCAGGUUCCUCUAAAUGUUUGGAAUAGAGGCUGCUACCUGUCAGUGUGUAUGAGUAGGCUCUGUCCAAGUAACGUUGUAUAGUGCACGUGCUUGGCGCCGAAGACAGGUAAAUCCCGUCUCAAUGACACUAACAAGAUCCAAGUCGGCCAGCUUGUUUGCUCCCAGGACGAGGGAGCUGGGCAGCGGCGUGAGCGGCGGACGGACGUGCUGCGUGCCGAACUGCUUCAAUCACACGGUGCUGGACCGUGGACUGAAGUUCUAUACGUUUCCCAGUGAUCUGCAGCGGCGGAUACUGUGGCUGGAACGCAUUGGUCGGCCACAGUGGAUACCCGGAGCCGGCGAUAUGGUCUGCGGCAAUCACUUCGUCGGCGGACGCUUGAGAACAGCCGGUGGCACCGAGCAAGACCCGACGAUAUUUCCUCGCGUGAAAACACGCCGAGAUGACAGCGGCGGCAAUGACGAACAGUCUGGCGGCCCGGGCAAGCGUAAAAAGACAGCGCGGAAGUCCGAGAGCUCUUCGACUGGCUCAGGGUCAGAAGAACCGUCACAGGCCAGUGAUAAGGUAUUCGAAGACGCCAGGCUACUUGCCCAAGGCGACGGUGCAGCGUCGCGAGUGUUCCGCUUAGCCUGCUCUGCUCUCCAGGAGCUCGGGCAGAAGCGAUUUGACUCGGCGGCCGAGUUCCAUGCGGCGGUGGAGUCGAGCAGCGCGGAUCACAACUACGCGGGUGACUGCGCCGAUGCCCCGCUGCCCACUGCCGUGCGUGCCGAGAUCGACGGAGAGAAACGCGUUUGCUACAAGCUGGCUGAGCUCGAGGAGCCGGCAGCGCGAGCGCUGUGCGCGAACACGGUGGCACUGGCGGCCAGCCAGGACGAGCCGGUGCUGGUGGUGAACGCCGGAGGUCUGCACAUACAGCUACCGCCAUUCAUGUCGCACUAUGUGCCAAACUCGGCGUUCCUCAGCAAGACGACGACGGCCGCGGCCAACAGUGCACGAGCCAUGGCGACAUCGUCGUCGGCCACUCCGACGACGUCAUCCAUGGGAGCGUCGAGUUCGCCGUUGAUGUCGCCGACUCGGCAGGCAGGGGCUGCUGCACCACCGGCAUCUCGCUUGCUCUCCGCCGCCAGGACAAAGACUACGAAAGGAAAACGGCCCGCGGCCAGCGACACACUCAGCUCGGGAAAACCUCAACUGCCGGACGACGAGGCCCCGCCGCCGCUGCAUAAGAAACCCAAAGUGCGCAGUAGCGUAGCACUCGAUGCAGAGAGUGUCGAAUCGCUGGACAAUGUGCCAUUAUCCGUGUUCUACACCAAGCGUAGAGAUCAGCAGCGGCGUAGCACUGAAGCGGCGGAAGGCAUGGCCGCAGUCUCGGCUGCUACUCCGACAUCCAGAGAACACGCGGCACCACCUCUGCCUGUCCAACGGCGUGACAGUAGUUCAGCUGUUACUGGCGAGCGCGGUGAAAGUGCGCCACCGGUUGCGGAUGCGUUGUCCGCACCUUCGCCUGUUUCUGGUGAACAUAGGGCUGUAGCGUGUGCGAAGAAAAUCGAACCCGCCGCUGUCAAAGACCAUUCAUCCGUGCCGACCUCUGUUCUGAAGAAACGCCAUUCGUCUGUUGUGUCUUCGUUGCGUGCGGCAGGCGACCUGCACUCGGGUCCGGAGCUGACCGAGGACGAUGUUUACAGCGAAGAAGAAACAGACGAGUCGUGUACACUCGCUGGGCGGCAGCGCAUCCCUACAGCUCUGCCGGCGCGCUAUGCUAAGCGUGACUCAGACACUGCUAAGGCGGCAUCUGAAACCGUAGAGCGUGUCCCUGGUCUUGCCCCCCGGCCGCCUGCUGGCUCUGGCGUUACGAAACCUUCUUCUAGCGCUGCGGAGCCCUCCUCUGACGUUGCCAAGCCUAGCUCCGACCGUGACGCACCGUGCCGGGACGUUAACCAACCAGGCUCUAACGUCGCCGAAUCUUGCUCUGACGUCGUUAAGCCCGAGUCGCAGGCAGCCGCUCGUAGUUCUGCUGUUUCCCCGUCCCGUUCCGAAGCUCAGCCAUCGCCGAGUUCAGACUCAGCUAGCUCCCCGUCCUCGCCUGUACGUAUGAUGCCUGCUCUGAUCUCCAUCGUCGAAGACGACGAUCCCGUACCGUGGCCGCCGCUUGUGUCGUCGAACAUCCACCGGCACCCGAACUCUGAAGGAGAGGGGCGGGUGGCUGGACCGGGUGGUGCUGCGAACCCUCUUGGCCUCGGUGGUGCUCCCGCCAAAUCUCCUCCGAACAGUGGUGCCGACCUGGCUGACUUCAUCCAGCGUGUCUUUGCCAGCGAGACUCCCGAUUGAUGCAGGCCUUGCGUCAUGUCUUGGCUUGGCUAGUGUCUUUGCCAGCAAAGCCCACUGAUGUGUGUUUCUGGUGUCAUAUCUUGGCCUGUUGUGGAACGGGUCCUUGCUGUAUACAGUCGGUGCCUCUUUUCAUAUUGAUAACUUGAGUGUAAUUGUGUUUGUGUCUAGGAGAGUGGCAGGUGUGCUGCCAGUGAUAGUGUGCUGCAUGCUCCUGGUAGACGCCGGCCGUCUCCGCAGGCUGCCACAUCUCGUGUAGUAGUGGUUUGCGAAGUGUACAUGCAGGAUCAGGCUGACGCGGCACUGCCCUCAGCCACUGCGCUGGAUUGCUGCUACUAGCCUACGAACUACAGAUCACACUGGGUGGUGGGUUCAGUUGGUGUGUGCUGUGUGCCAGACACCUAUGCGAUCAUUAUAAUAAUUAAUGCCGAACAUCGUAAUUAUUAUUAGGAUACAACGUAAUUAUUAUUAUGAUGUUCGGGGCUUGCGGCUGCCUAUGGCUGGUGUGGCGACGCAAGUGAAAUUCAAAUUCAACCUUCCUGCCCGCGUGACGCUUUCUCUCUGCCCUCGUGUGUACGUGCACGUUUGUCCCGUGCUGCGGAUUGACGUGCGUCGUCGCAUGCUCUUCUCUUCAAGUGAACCCUAGAUAUUCAGUGCUCGUUGUGUCUCUUUCCUCGCAGAGUACGUACAAGUACUUGUAAGUUCUGUUGUGCUCGUUUAUAUUAUACCGACGUUGCUUUUUUUGUAUAGUUAUGUCUUCACGCUUUGCAUGGCGUAGCGCCUCACUGCUGUGAACGAAAGAGCACAGCAAGACUGAUCAUUGUACAUGGAUGGACAUGAUCUCGUGUUUGUUUAAUAUAUUUUGUCUUAUACUUUAACGUCGCAUUUCCUUUCCCUCUCUGUUUUUGCUAAUGUCUGCUUUUCAGGUUCAGAGACCGUUCUAUUAAACCGAAUGUGUUGUUUUAUCGACUGACACUUGAAUCUUCUUUUCUGCUCACCAACCAAACGUUUCGUUUUAUCAGCUGACACUUGAACUCGCUUUUCUGCUCAUGGGCCGGUUAUGUGUGUCCCUGCCACACCUUGUGACAAUUUCUCUAUUGGAUCUCUGUACUACUCUGUUCAAAUCUCCUCUCAA